UUAAUCGCUAUCAGACGUUGCUGAUCUCAAGCAUUAUGCAGCGGACGAUGCUGGCGCUUCUUGUACUGGUGUUCGCAAUCAUUAUCCCAACGCACGGUGGUCCGGAAGAGAACGAAGGUGUCAAGUACGCAGAUCGCUGUGAAGCAUGUAAAAUCCUCGCCACAGAACUACAGGACCGGCUUAGUGAAACGGGUCGAUCGCACGAUGUCAUCGAAAUAGGCUAUUCGGUGGAUGAUGUGAAGCCCAAGAAACGCACCGAAUACCGACGGAGCGAGUUACGACUGUUGGAAACGCUCGAGAACGUUUGCGAGCGCAUCCUGCAGUACAACAUUCACAAGGAGCGGAAAGACAGUACGCGCUUUGCGAAAGGAAUGUCCCAAACGUUUCAAACACUGCACGGACUGGUCGAUAAGGGCGUGAAGGUGGAUCUGGGCAUACCGUACGAGCUGUGGGACAAACCAUCCGCCGAGAUAACGCAGAUGAAGACGCAGUGCGAAACACUGAUCGAAGGGUACGAGGAUGUGAUCGAAAAGUGGUACUUUGAGAAGCAGGAUCAAAAACCGUUGAUCGAGUAUCUGUGUGUGGAUCAUGUGCUGAAAAAUAAGAACCAUCAGUGCCUGUACGAGCAGCUGGAGGAUGCAAAAAGGAAGCAGGUGGAGGCGAACGCCAAAGAGGAGCUGUGAGCAAAACGUGGGCGAACUCAGC